AUGACUUUUCUCCACUUAAUCUUACUAGUAAUUUACUUUUGCUUCACUUUUUCGACAGAAAUCCACGACCUCCAGCGAUUCCCGAACUCCCAGGAGGUCCCACAGCGCUGCAGGGCUACUCGGAAAGUGUAUGAUGGCGUCCUUGGAAGGAUUUGCGGUCAAGCCUUCUCAAAGGCCUACCAGUACAGUAUCCGCCGUAAUUCUUGCACCAUGGUGACAAAUCCGAAUACUUGCUUGAAGGAUCACCAAUUCCGGACGCAGGAGGAGUGCGAGAGGAUGUGCAAAGUUCAGGAC